GAUUCCAGUCUCAGUUCGAUUUCAUUUGAUUUGCUCUGCGGUCGUGCCUAUAGAGAUAUAUUCCUCGCACCAUGAAGGCGUGGAUCUGGUUUACGUUUGUCGCGUGCCUCUUUGCGGCAAGUACCGAAGCUGCCUCCAAUUUAGUCUGCUACUAUGACUCUUCGAGUUACACCAGAGAAGGUCUUGGCAAGCUGCUCAAUCCCGAUCUGGAGAUCGCAUUGCAAUUCUGCAGCCACUUGGUCUACGGAUACGCUGGACUACGAGGUGAAAACCUCCAGGCGUACAGUUUGAACGAGAACCUGGAUAUAUACAAGCAUCAGUUCUCCGAAGUGACCUCCCUCAAGAGAAAGUAUCCUCACCUGAAGGUUUUGCUGAGCGUGGGCGGCGAUCAUGACGUCGACCCUGAGCAUCCCAACAAAUAUAUCGAUCUGCUGGAGGGCGAGAAGGUUCGUCAAGUGGGAUUCAUCCGAUCGGCCUAUGACUUGGUGAAGACCUACGGCUUUGAUGGCUUGGAUCUGGCCUAUCAGUUCCCCAAGAACAAGCCCAAAAAGGUUCACGGGGAUCUGGGAUUGGCAUGGAAGAGUAUUAAGAAGCUGUUCACCGGCGAUUUCAUAGUGGAUCCACACUCAGCCCUUCAUAAGGAGCAGUUUACCGCCUUGGUGAGGGAUGUAAAAGACUCCCUAAGAGCUGAUGGAUUCCUGCUCAGUCUGACUGUGCUGCCCAAUGUAAACUCCACUUGGUACUUUGAUAUUCCCGCUCUGAAUGGCUUGGUGGACUUUGUGAACCUGGCCACCUUCGACUUCCUGACUCCAGCUCGUAAUCCCGAGGAGGCGGACUACAGCGCUCCCAUCUACCAUCCCGAUGGAUCGAAGGAUCGGUUGGCUCACCUUAACGCUGAUUUCCAGGUGGAGUACUGGCUAUCUCAGGGAUUCCCAGCUAAUAAGAUCAAUUUGGGAGUUGCCACCUAUGGCAAUGCCUGGAAACUUACCAAGGACUCUGGUCUCGAAGGAGUUCCUGUGGUGCCGGAGACAAAGGGACCAGCACCCGAGGGCACCCAGUCCCAGAAACCCGGACUACUCAGCUAUGCUGAGAUCUGCGGAAAGUUGUCCAAUCCCCAAAAUCAAUUCCUCAAGGGCAACGACUCGCCACUGCGAAGAAUUUCCGAUCCCACCAAGAGAUUCGGGGGCAUAGCUUAUCGCCCCGUCGAUGGUCAGAUAACCGAUGGCAUUUGGGUGAGCUACGAUGAUCCCGACUCGGCCUCCAACAAGGCAGCCUACGCCCGCGUCAAGAACCUGGGGGGCGUGGCACUAUUCGAUCUGAGCUACGAUGAUUUCCGGGGACAAUGCUCAGGCGAUAAGUAUCCCAUCCUGCGAGCCAUCAAAUACCGACUAUAAAUCGAAAAAAAAAACAUUUAAUACUUUUAAUAAAUAAUGAUCACUUAUACAUA